AUGAGCAAUGAACCAGACGACCAAAUGAGUCUGGUUCGUUUCCUAACUUACGCCAACGAAUUCGACAUCCGAGGUAUUGCGGCUACCACCUCCACUUGGCUUCGCAAUCGCACCGACCCCGAGACGAUCCGCGAGGUUAUUAGCGAUGGAUACGGCAACGUCGUGGACAACCUGAGUGCCAAUGCUCCGUCGUAUGCGCCGUACCCCUCGACCGAGGAUAUUCUGAGCAAGAUAACAUCUGCUCAUCCGGUUUACGGGCUGGAGGCGCUCAAGGCCAACAACCUGAGUGAUGCCGCUACCGCACUCAUCACAGCAACCGACGAGUCUGAAAGCCCUCUCUGGGUUUCCGUUUGGGGCGGCGCUGCCGUCUUGGCCGAGGCUCUUCAGCAUGUUUCAGAGUCUCGUGACGUUGAUGCUGUCCACACUUUUGUUGGCAAACUUCGAGUCUAUUCUAUUUCGGACCAGGACGAUGCAGGAUCUUGGAUUCGGUUCCAUUACCCGGAGCUGUCAUACAUCGUCUCGCUGCACGGCUGGAACGAGUACACCCAGCCGACUUGGAUCGGAAUCUCUGGCGAGGAGUACAGACACUUCGAUGAAGGCGGCCCAGACUCCAACAUUGUUUCCAACGACUGGUUGGAGCAACACAUCCGCAUUGGUCCUCUUGGGGCUCACUACCUCAACUGGUCUUUCAUCAUGGAGGGCGAUACUCCCGCGUUCCUGACUCUUGUCCAGAACGGCCUCGGAGAUAUCGACAACCCGCAAUGGGGCAGCUGGGGCGGACGCUAUGUGCCUGUCGAUGCACCCACUGCUGCUUUCCGCAAGGUUUACUCUGACACUGCGGAUUACGUUGAGGGUGCCAAUGGCAAGGCUUUCCUCAGCAGGUUCGCGACCAUUUGGCGAUGGAGAGAAGCCUACCAGUUCGACUUCGCCGCGCGUAUGCAGUGGACCAUCAACAGCAACUUCGACGAGAACAACCACGAGCCGAUUGCCGUUGUCAACGGGUCUUGCGGGCCGGCGGCUUGGGAGAUAUCCUACAAGCUUGGUGACGAGAUUGUGUUUGACGCCUCUGAAAGCUGGGAUCCGGACGACGACGACCUCAGCUUCGAUUGGUACCACUACCGUGAGGCAGGUGGCCGCGGUUUGGAGGGCUUCGAAAUCCCGCUCAUCAGCAAAGAUCUCAACAUCACAAGCUUGAACGAUGCUGGAAGUGCAGUUAAAGUGGUCCCUCAACGCAACACGACAAUGCAUCUGAUUCUGUCGGUUCACGACAACGGCGAUCUGCCCUUGGUUACUUACAGAAGACUCAUUCUCCAGCCAGUUUGA